AUGCGAACCAAAGGUCAGUCUCUAUCCUCGUGACGCUCUGUAGUUCACCGUCCUUCGGAGUGUAAAUAACAACAAAACAAUCGUGCAGAACCAGUUUCAAAAUCGAGCCGUUGGCACGUACUCCUCUCUUUUCCACUCAGCACCCGUCCCAAUUUCGCUCUCUUUCUCUCUUGUUUUUCAGUCUUCUCCUCCCUUCUCAGGGUCCCUCUGCCAACUUUACAUCGCAAAGAAUAAACAAGGCGUCCUUCGUCCCUCAGUCGAAUUCAUUAUUUUUUCAGUGAUUUUUUUGAUUUCCAUUCGAUCGAUAACCCAUAAAUUCUCCUACUUACACCUCUUUCCUUCGUACACUCGAAACAGACUGAAUAGGUGGAAAAUUGUCGAUAAGAGAGAAAUUGCAGUUUGAGAGAGACUCCGUCGACCGCCCGCUACUUCGACCCGUUCGCUUCUCACUUGGUAAGUUCUCACGUUUACGUGUAAAAUGUUGGCCCUGUUGGCAUUUCUUAACAUUUUCCCCGCAUGGAUACUGUUUUGGACUAUCUCUACUGGUUUAAGUGGGUUUCAUCGACUCUGGACAACCAAGAUCGAAACGGAUUCAUCUAAGCAUAAUAAAAUAUUUAGUGGCGUUUUGGGGAAAAAUUGCCGGAAUUUUCGAGAAACAGCUAGUUUCUGCUGUUUUAUUUUCAUGACUAAAAAAUCUUGAAAUGGGUUUUUUCUAGAGAGAAGAGAUCAGAAUAUAGAGCGACAAAUAGAUAGAGACGCGAGAGAUAGACGGCAAAUGUGCUGAACAAUUGUUUGUUGACCCAUUCGCUUCGCUUUUUCUUCGCAUUUCCAUCGCAGACACUUGAAAAGCUACGUUCGCAUUAUAGGGUUACGCAUAGAUGGAAAAAACAUUUUUGCUGAACAAUAAACUACGUAAGAAAAAACUGCUGCAUUGCUCCACUAGACAUACGCAUUGACUCAAAAAAAUUGAACAAUUUGAUGGGUUUACUUCAUUAGAGAAUUUUUCUCCCGCAGAGAAUAAAUUACUCUUUGACAUUUCCGACGAAUGGGAUACUAGAAAUUGGGUUCACAGAGACUUUAGGCAACUAAGGAAGAGAAAAAAUGGGAAUGGCGAAAAUGUCACAGCGAUUUGAAGAUCCGAGUUGAGAUAACCUCCGUUACCCUUCGUAGGAUGAAUCCAAACUUGACGAUAAAUGGAAGAGUUAAAUAAAAGCCGAGAAGCAACUUUCGAGGGACCUCAAACCACCAUUCAAAUUGAGAUCGCUAGCGCCGAGCAUCUAGUCAGUUUGUUCUUCAAGAUCAAACUAUCAGUUCCCCAUUGCGCACCCUUCGGUUAGUUUACCAAUACAGCGUGGUGGGUACGUGCAAACUUUUCUCGAGAAAGCGGGCAACUGCAGACAACUUGUGGCCUUCAUUCGCUCUGUUAUCACUGUCCCUCUCGUGUGUCACCUAAUCUAACGACAUUAUCUUGUUUCGUUGACAUCAUCUCCAUCUGUCUAACCGUGUCCGUUUUGCAGCAUGAGAACCGCCCAAGCACUCACCGGACUCGUUGCCCGUCGCCUUUUCAACACUUCCAAUAGAAUCAUGGCAAGCGGAAAGGUAAAAACGAACGAUUGAACCAGAAAGUAACCGAUUGAUUCCAGACGUUGACCGUCUCGAACAUCAACCCAAAUGUCAUCACGAUGCAGUACGCCGUCCGUGGUCCCAUUGUGAUCCGGGCUGUCGAACUGGAGAAGGAGCUGGCAGCCGGAGCGCAGAAGUCAUUCCCAAAUGUGAUCAAAGCGAACAUUGGAGACGCACACGCAAUGGGUCAGAAGCCGAUCACUUUCAUCCGGCAGCUCCUCGCCUGCAUUGCCAAUCCGUCCAUCAUGCAGACCGACAAGAGCAUCCCGUCCGACGUCAUCGAGCACGCGAACGCCUUCCUCGGGAGCUGUGGAGGCAAGUCUGCUGGUGCGUACAGUCAGAGCACCGGUGUCGAAAUCGUGCGGAAACAUGUCUCCGAGUACAUCAAAAGACGUGACGGCGGAAUUCCUUCCAACUCGGAGGACAUUUGUUUGUCUGGCGGUGCAUCUGAGUCCAUUCGCAAUGUUCUCAAGUUGUUCAUCAACAAGAACAGCUCGAAAAAAGUGGGAGUGAUGAUUCCGAUCCCGCAGUAUCCGCUUUAUUCGGCUACGAUCGAAGAGUUCGGACUCGGACAGGUCGGAUAUUACCUGAGCGAGGCCAGCAACUGGUCCCUGGACGAGGCUGAACUUGAGAGAUCGUUCAAUGACCACCAGAAAGAGUACGACAUCCGUGUUUUGUGCAUUAUCAACCCAGGAAACCCGACCGGACAGGUGCUCUCGCGUGAAAACAUUGAGACGGUCAUCAAAUUCGCUCACAAGAAGAAGCUCUUCCUGUUGGCCGAUGAAGUUUAUCAGGUGAGGGUAUUUUGGCACGUGAAUCAGUAAUUUGUUUUCUAUGCAGGACAAUGUGUACGCACAAGGCUCGCAAUUCCAUUCGUUCAAAAAGGUGCUCACCGAGAUGGGAGAGCCGUACAACAAGUGAGUAAAAGAUUAGCACUUGUCUGCCAACCCAUAGGGUCGAUCUUUUUAUGUGCAGGAUUAGGCCGCACUGGGAUUGAUGGAGGGUUGACGAAAUAGGCGUUUCCAGGCUCGAACUGGCGUCUUUUCACUCGGUUUCGAAGGGAUACAUGGGCGAAUGUGGCAUGCGCGGAGGAUACGUCGAGUUCCUGAACCUGGAUCCGGAAGUGUACGCCCUCUUCAAGAAAAUGAUCUCAGCCAAACUUUGCUCCACUGUGCUUGGACAGGCAGUCAUCGACGCUGUCGUCAACCCGCCGAAAGAAGGAGAUCCAUCGUACGCUCUCUGGAAACAGGAGAAAGAUGCCGUUCUGGCUUCCCUCAAGGAACGCGCUACGCUCGUCGAAAAGGCGUACAGCAGCAUUGAUGGCAUCAGCUGCAAUCCUGUGCAAGGAGCAAUGUACGCAUUCCCGCAGAUCACCAUCCCUCAGAAAGCCGUCGAGAAGGCCCGUUCGCUCAACCAAGAGCCGGACUUCUUCUAUGCGAUGGAGUUGCUCGAGAGCACCGGAAUCUGCAUUGUUCCAGGAAGUGGAUUUGGACAGAAGGACGGAACCUAUCACUUCAGGUAGGCCUUUGUGUCUUUGAGAAGUCUCUCCAACAGAUUAUGUAACAUAAUUUAUGUUUCAGAACGACGAUCCUCCCUCAGCCAGACCUAUUCAAGGACAUGCUUGCCCGGUUCACAGACUUCCACGCCAAAUUCCUUGCCCAGUACAAGUAG